GACUUUUUGGUAUUAUUUUGGAAAUAAGAUCAAACAAUUAAACAUUAUCCUUUUGUCGCAGGUAUUGACAAUACCGUACAAUCAUCGACUACCGACGAAAGUAACGAUACCCCUGACUGCCAUGUCAACCACCACACCGAAAGGGAUCACAACACCACCCUCCGGGAAAUCCGUGCCUCAAAGAAAGGCGGUGAUCCAGCAAAUGACAUGGAAGCAAGGGGCACGUUUACCGUAACUGUAGGCCGUAAUGUCAUUGGAUUGGCUGCCAACACGAUGUACAAGACUGGUUCAGCCCAGCAAUCAGGACACAAAGAAGACGGAACACCCGAUGACUGCAAUAAUGACCCUGAAAGCCACGUGCACAACAAUUCCGACACAGAUGACAUCGACAGGCCACAGCAGCCUGCUGCAGACAGAGGGCAGAGAGCUGAUAAACAGGAAAACACCACAGCAUCAAACAAUGUACAGAAGGACGACUCGGGCCUGCUGAACAACCCUACCUACGUGCCUGGCGCACUUCGACAAGAUAACAACAAAGGUACAUAUAGUAUUAGGGGUGGGUACCGGUACGGAUUCCCGGUACAAAAUAGUUAGGUCCUGGUUCAGAUCCGGACCUGGACCUGAUCCUCUGGACCUGGACCGUACCUGGACCUAAAUUAUCUGUACCGGUACCCACCCCUAGUCCAUGUAGAUUUUAGAAG